AUGCUGGAUGGGAAUACUACUCCCAAAUCCCCAGGUGGGAAAGAUAAGGAACUGAGCAAUGCCAAUGGCAAUGAUAUUGAUCAUGUCGUGAAAGAUAAGGAACUGAGCAAUGCCAGUGGCAUUGGUAUUGAUCAUGUUGAUGAUAAGGAGAGUGAAUUGAAGCUUCUACAACAAGAUUCAGAGGAAGAGCUACAGAAAUGGAAAGUGGAAGGUGAUUCUUUCCGUGAUCGUGGACAAGAACGAGAUCAAGUUAGAGGUGACUCUUUCCGUGAUCGUGGACAAGAACGAGAACGAGUUAGAGGUGAUUUUGUCGGUGAUCAUGGACAAGAACGAGAACAAGUUAGAGGUGACUCUUUCCGUGAUCGUGGACAAGAACGAGAACGAGUUAGAGGUGAUUUUGUCGGUGAUCGUGGACAAGAACAAGAACAAGCCUUUCGUAAGGAACCUGUGAGCAAUGAAGAAGGAGCCACCAAACAGAUGCUUAGGGAGAUGAUUAGAUUCACUGCAGAAAACAGUCUACCAUCGCCAGAUCUCGAGCCGUUCAAUGGGGAUCCACUUGAUUACCUUACCUUUAUAAGGAAUUUUGAAUAUGUGGUUGAAAAGAGAACUGAUGAACCUUUCAGAAGACUAGAGCUUCUACUAAAAUACACACGAGGAGAAGCGCAUGAGCUUAUUCGAGAAUGCCCCCACAUACAACCAAGUAAGAGGGCAUAUGAGACAGCCAAGUCUAUGCUACACAGAGACUAUGGAAAGCAGAGUAACAUAAUAAAUGCAUACAAGGAAAGGGCAAUUGCCUGGGAGCAGAUACGAUCAGGAGAUAGGCAAGGAUUGCGAAAAUUCGCAAUAUACCUCAAUAAUUGCUCGCAUGUUAGAGCAGCAGGGGACUUAGGAGGCAUGGAUAGUGCAAGUUUUCUGAGAGUUCUGGCAAGCAAACUACCCUUGUAUCUCCAGCAGAAGUGGAUAUCACGAGUAGGCCUGACUCGUGAUAUUGCUAAUAGGAAUCCCACUCUGGAAGAUCUUGCACAGUUCGUCAUACAGACUGAAAGAAACAUUAACGAUCCCAUGGUACAGGGAUUGGGAUAUCAGAGGACUGAGAAAAAUGCUUCCUACAAUAAAGAUGAGAAAGAAAAACUACAAAAAUCAAGAAGCACAAAGGCAUUUGGUACAGCUACACAACAGGAUAGGGAGCAGAAGGACAAGAGGGAACCAAGUUGUACUUUCUGUGGCACCAACUCAAGGCAUGUUAUUGACGAGUGCCGAAAAUUUGAAGCCUUGACAGUUGAAGAAAGAUCAGAGCAAUGUAAAAGGAAAGGCCUCUGCUUCCGAUGCCUGAAACCAAAGCAUCUGAAAAAGGAAUGCAAAAGUAAGAUCAAGUGUGAUGUCUGCGACAGGAUGCACAACACUCUAAUGCAUGAUCCCAGGUGGAUGAAAGACGGAGAAGGAAAUACAAGGAAAACCACCAAUGAUGCUUCAACAUCUACCGAUGUGCAAAGUGAAGCUGGAAAGAUCUCUUCAGGGUCUACCAAUGUGAAGAAAAGUGUUGGAGGAAAACCCCAGACAUCGACGUGCAUGACGAUAGUUCCAGUCAUUGUGAAGCACAAAGGAAAUGACAGAUGCAUAUCAACUUAUGCAUUCAUAGAUAAUGGAUGUGGAACAGUCUUCUGUGACACAGAACUUACCCAAAGGCUGCAUGCAAGAACCAGGAAAACCAAGCUAAUAGUCAAGACAUUGAAUCUUGAAGAAGUGAUAGAUACAGAAGUCACUGUAGAUGAGCUGCAGAUCGCAGGAGUAAAGGAGAAGGAAUUCAUCAAUCUUCCGCCCAUCUAUGUCAAAGAUGGUAUACCAGUGACAGUUUCAGAUGCGCCAACUCAAAAGGAUCUGAAACGAUGGAAACAUCUGAAGGACAUAGAAUUGCCCGAAAUAAGUAACCGCAACUCUAUUUCAAGGGUAACUCUCAUGAUUGGAGCCAACGUUCCGUCAGCAUCGAUGCCUCUAGAAAUUAAAGCUGGUGACAUCGAAGAACCAUAUGCUAUCCGCUCAAGGCUAGGUUGGCUCGUGUAUGGUAUACAAGCUCAAGAGCAAGCAGAUAUUCACAAAGUCUGUUUUUGUAAACAGGAGGAAGUUUCCAUCAUUCCUAGACAAGAGGAAUUAGAACGGAAAUUCAAGGACUUCUGCAAUAUGGAAUUUACAGAGAGACUAAGUGAUCACAGAGAGGGCCUGUCAGUUGACGACAAGAAUUUCUUGGACAUAAUGGAGAAAUCUAUCACUAAGAAAGACAAUCAUUAUCAGAUAGAUCUGCCCUUAAAGCAGAGAGAUGUGGCUAUGCCUAACAACAAGGACCAAGCUGAAAGAUUUCUGGAAAGACAAGGACAGAAGUUAUCAAAGAACAAGGAAAUCCAUGAACAGUACACCACAUUCAUGAAUGAUCUGGAAAAGCAAGGCUAUGCAGAGAAGGUUCCAGAAACAGACUUGGACAGACAUGAUGGGAAGGUAUGGUAUAUCCCUCACCAUGGGGUGUAUCAUCCCCAAAAGCCAGGAAAGAUUAGAGUAGUCUUCAAUUGUCCUAUCAGCUACAAAGGAAAGUCUCUUAAUCAGGAACUCCUACAAGGACCAGAUCUAACCAACAGAUUGCUUGGUGUUCUCCUCAGAUGGAGGAAAGAGAAAGUGGCUGCAGCCAAGUCGUAA